CAGCCUCCAACGAGGAAAGAAAUUAUCACAUUCCUAUCAUCGUCCUUCUCUUUGCUCCCCCACUCCCUCUCUCUUUGGGUCUCUCGACCCUCCCCUUAUCCAAAGCCUCUCUCUCCGAGCUAGCCCUCGAAGCCAUGGCCCGUAACAAGGUGAAGCUCGCCUGGAUCGCCAACGACGCUACCCGCCGCGCGACCCUGAAGAAGAGACGAAAGGGUCUGCUGAAGAAGGUGCAGGAGCUGAGCAUCCUGUGCGGUGUUGAAGCAUGCGCGAUCGUGUACGGGCCGAACGACCGGGUGCCGGAGGUGUGGCCGUCGCCCCCGGAGGCGGCUCGGAUCGUGGGGCGGUUCAAGAGCAUGCCGGAGAUGGAGCAGACGCGCAAGAUGGUCAACCAGGAAGGGUUCCUCCGCCAGCGCGCCGUGAAGCUGUUGGAGCAGCUCCGCAAGCAGGAGCGCGAGAAUAGAGAGAUGGAAAUGAAGCUGCUGAUCCGCGAGGGGCUCAAGGGACGGAGCUUCGACAACCUCGGCAUCGAGGAUGUCACCUGCCUCUCCUGGAUGCUUGAACGAAAAAUAAAAGAAAUUUAUGAUAAAAUGGAUGAGAUAAAGAAUAAGGUGACUGUUAACCAAGUCGCCGGCGGCCCGUCGGCACUGCCACUGCAGGUCAUGGCUCCUCCUCCUGCUGCUCCGAUCGGGCCGGUCGUGCCCAAGGAGAAGACUACAGUGGAGCAGGCGAUGGAGGCCCUCCAAAGGCAGAACUGGUUCAUGGAUAUGAUGAGUCCAUGGCCUGAGGACUUCUACCAGCCUGCUCAGCCGAUGGAUCCUUACCAGCCUCCUCCUCCUGCACCUCUGGACCACACCAUCCCAUGGCCGGAUCCAUCGUUCCCGUUCAACUGAAUGUGGGGUUGCUUCGUAGCUUGUUCUGGUAUCUGGUCUCAGUCGUUUGUUUUGUGUGCUGGGUUCUGUCGUGUCCUCCUGUUCGGUGCUGGUUAUCUAUGUCUUUUCGUCGUCGUCGUUAGUGUCUCGUUCGGUCAGUCUUUAGCUCGUACUUGCGAGUGCAUGUGUCCUUCUUUUAUCUGUUAGGGUCUGUCCUUGUGGGUGGCAUGUCUUUAUCAAAGACGUGUCUCGUCAAAUCUUACAGUUAUCUUUGUCAUGUCGAUGUCUCUCGAUGUGCCUGUCAAUGUCCAUGGAAUAUUGUAGCAUGUGUCUCAAGAAAAUAAAGUUAUCAUUUUCUGGAUGUUGGACUUUU